AUGCAGAAGCUGCGCUGGUUUGCGCUGCCCACAGACUACAUGGCUGCACCACCGCCAUCAGUGACGGAGGUUACAGCACAGCAGCAGCAGCAGUUUCAGCGUCGCCGCAACAACAGCACGCGCUCACAGGAGGGCAUGGUGGAGUGGGGCGACCUGCCUCAGUGGUCGCUCGACCAAGGUGGCGGCGUUGGCAGAUAUGAUGCUGACAAAAGCAGCGACGAGAAUGGCAGCCCUGUGCUCUUGCAGGCGUGGGCGAGUGGUGAUGACGACGGCGACGGCGUUGGUGGCAAUGGCGGUGAUGGUGUUGCAAGCAGCACCAUCUCAUCUGACGAGGAGGCCGAGUUGAACGGACCCGUCUGCUACAACUGCAACGGCCAGCCCAUCGCCGAGGAAGUGGAGGAGGCAGAGCGGCGUCGGCGUCGCGCGAAAGCCCAGCGCGUGCUUGACGGGUUUGUCAAGGCAAGCGACCUGGCUGUCCAGGGAAGUGGCGUGGACCCGUCUCUUGCAGGCCUGAUCCUCGGCGUGUGCAUCUGCUUCACCUUUGGGCGCCAGUGGUGCAGUGGCCUCUUCUCCUGA